AAAAGAAUAUUUCCCUCUGUGAAUAGCGUGGAUGAACGAGUAAGUGAGACGUGGGAAGCAAUCGUCAUGAAGUUAUAUACGAACUAAUUUGAAGUUAAACUGACAGUGCUGGGCGCUGAGUUUCUCAGUUGGGAUGGAGGGGAAAAGGAAGAGCUGUGAUAAUGAUGGACAACCUGAAACAAAGCAAGCCAGAUCAGAAACCACAAGGACAUCAGAUGUUUCUUCAGGUGAACACUCUGUUGAAAUGGACACUGCAGAGAUCGGUGAGACGGGCGAUCUGUCGGCGGGGAUCAUAUCCAAAGGAAGUCAGAGGGAGCAUGCCAGCGACUCAACAGAGAGUUCUAGUUCAGAAUCAGAGUUGGAGAGGGAAAAGGAACGUCUCCUCGCUGAAGACAAGCGCCUGACUAGAUCCUGCAGAAAACAACAACUCCGGGCUGAAAUCAAUGAGCUACAAGCUUCAGUAGAGAAUAAAAAGGUCAAGAAACAGGCAAGUGUGAAACACAGGUUCCUGACGGAAAUAGUUUCAACUAAAGAGGUAAACCCAGAUGGUGUAAAUAAUAGUGAACAUGGGUAA